AUGGCUGACGAGGUGACCGUCGACCGAAGACUGUUCCAGGCCACAUCGUCAGAGAAACAGGUGGUGGCUCUCGCCUUCGUCGUCUCACUGGGCUACUGGUGCUACUACCACUUCGAUCAUUUCCAUUUUCAUGUGACCCGGGCGUACGCCCACAUAGGUCACACGGAGGCCCAGCAUCUGAUCGGUCAGCGCUACCUGCAUGGUCGGGGCGUCGAGAAGGACCACUCGGAGGCCAUGAAGUGGUUCAGGAAGGCGGCCGACCAGGGCCAUCCGCACUCCUCGUAUAACCUGGCCGUGGGCCACCUGCAGGGGCUGACAGAGGACCUCCAGCCCGGAGAGGCCCAGAAGCUGAUCGAGCAUGCCGCUCGUCAGGGGGUCCCAGAAGCCUCUGAUAUGAUGGACUCGUCCUGCGUCUGGGGUGAUUGUGAACAGUGACCUCGGCAGGUCAACAUCAGGUCACACACAUGUAAGAUGGUCAGAGGUGAAAUAAUACUCUGAGUCAGCAUUGUGAUGGUGGUUUAAUAAAACGUCCUCAGUCUCACAGCUCAUCAUCUAUCAAAUGAAGCAUAUUGCAAGAAAUGGCAGCACAUGGUUGUUGGCCAUUUAGAGCGUUGUUACUGUCGUGAUUUUAGUUACUGUAAGUGCCUCGUUACCUAGCCUGAUCUCAAGAUGUGUGUCAUUUCUCGACAUCUAAGCGUGACUUCAAGUCGCGUGUCAUUUCUUGAGAUCUAUAUCUGAGAAGAUACUCAGAGCCAGGUUGUGUCUAUCUAUACCGACCGUCAGAAGAGGACAUCCUUUACUGUCAGUCUCGAAUGUUCGGUGUGCCGAAUUCGGGCGAUGUUGUUUGACUCGAUCUUUGCUUAGAUGCAGCUGUAGGUAUCAUACGCACAACCUUCCGCGCCGUUUUGUUUUGAGUUUUAUGCGUUCUCAUGCACCUUUUUCUUGCUUCAUUGUUGUAUUCUGUUUAUUUCUAGCGUUUCGAGUGAUAAUUAGAGAUAUUUUCUUUUAUUCUGCUAAAUGCAUUCCUUACGUUUUGAGUGCAUUUAUGUAAAAAGCAUCUGAUUUGGGUUGAGUUUUUUCAACUUCUGACAUCAAUGGAAUAUGAAGAUGACUGGACUAACUAAAGUUUUAGGUUUAUCCUUAAAUCACGUUUGCCCUUCCGUGGCUGAGCCGCGAACAGUGCUACCGCAGUGCCUUAUUAGACGAUAUAGUCGUGUUGGAUUUGUUCAUCCCGAUCGACAGUGCGGUGUUUGGCGUGAUUUCGUGUUCGAGAUAUCGGCAGGUAGCGGUCUGCGACGGACCUCGGAUUGAUGACGUUCUCAGCAUACUUUGUAGAAUGUAAGAUGGUAGACGAGACGAAGACAGUUCGUUUGAAAAUAAACAGGUGUCGAAA